GGAAACAACAACUGCCAAGCUAUGAUCCAUCCAUUCACCCCUAUUCUCUAACUUUCUACAUCUUGCAUUGCUAGUCGUUCUUACAUGUUCCUGACCAUCUUCGUGCAGCAAUGGCAUCAAAGUACAAUAAGCUCUUGGGAAAGCAUGUUCUCAUAAUCGGCGGUUCAACCGGAAUUGGCUUCGCCAUUGCAGAGGCCUCCAUUGCCAGCGGUGCCAAUGUCACAAUCUCAUCAUCGUCACAAGACAAGCUCUUCCAGGCUGUUGCAUCUCUCCGAUCAUUUGUUCCGGCUUCUUCUCAACAGAAGGUUCAAAGUUUCGCCGCCAAUCUCUCUGGUUCGGAUGCUGAAGCCAAUCUAGAGGCUGUAUUCGAACAAGGCGGCCCAGUCGACCAUGUCGUAUUCACGGCAGCAGACUCGCUCUCCCUCAUGAUGCUGCAAGAUCUGACGCCCGACAAGAUUCUUGCUGCAUGCCAGAUGCGUCUUGUCGCCCCGUUGAUGGCAGCGAAGGUUGCUGCAAGAUACCUACCCAAGAGCAACGGGUCCUCUUUCAUUAUAACAAGCGGCUGCGUGGCCCAUAAGUCAAACCCGGGAUGGUCCAUCGUCUCUUACUUCGCAGCAGGCCUGCAGGGUAUGGCAAAGCAACUGGCAGUUGAGCUUAAGCCAUUGAGAGUCAAUGUUGUUGCACCUGGGUAUGUCGAUACAGGACUAUGGGACGGCAUGAAACCCGAGGAAAAGGAAGAAAUGGUCAAAAGAAUCGAAGCCUCGAUGCCAACAGGGAAAUUUGGUAGAGUUGAGGACGAUGCUGAGGCAUUUCUAUGGUUGAUGAAAGACCGAAACGUCACUGGAACCGUAGCAGCGACAGACAGUGGAGUCAUGAUUGUUUGAUUCUGUUAUUGAAUAUAUGCUGGGGCGUGUCCUGAGAAAAGCAGAAAACACCUACUACCCCCCUUAGAGCCAAUGUACAAGAGCAUGUUUAGCGCUGACUGUUCUGGAGGGUGAGCCUUCAGCUCGGGGGAGCAAUGCUUCUUGUUGUUUACCUUCAAAUGUCUAGUAGCGCCGCAGUUAGUUUUUGGCUGUAGUUAAAGAAC